ACAACGAUCAGACCGUGUGUGUGUGUGUGUGAUGAGAGGAAAUGAAUACAUCCCCCAUAUAUAAUCGUGAAAAGUGAGCAGAUAUAGACGCAAGCGGAAAACAUACGACUGCAACAGAAUUUAGGAUAUUUCCAUCUCCGCCAACAUGGCGAAGAUAUUUAGAAAAUUGGGAAAGAAACCAAAGCCACCAAGUCCAGAUUACUCAGGCUCGGGGAGAAAUUCUCGCCUUGGUAGUGGCUCCAUCCGAAGCCCUGUGAACGAGUUCGAUGAUGAUUACAACAAAGACCCACAGCUGGCCCGAAUGGGAAGUGGUAGAUUUAGCCAAACGACUGAUACCCUGUGCUCUGUGUUUGGGCCAGACUCAAAUGUCGGAACAUUUUCGUCUCAGCAAGGCGCUGGAACAUUUAAUAAUUCACAGCAAAAUCCAGCAGAUACAAUCGAAUCUAAUCGACGAACAAUGGGAUAUGAUAAUUCGUUACCCAAUUCACCAACGAAAAAGACAACCGUAGUGCUAGAUGAUUACAGCGACCCCAAAGAUAUCCGCAAAGCCUUGGAGCAGGAGGAUUGCUAUAGUUUACCACAAGAUAGUACAUUUGAUGCCCCUUCCAGCCAGAUUGCUCAGCCACCAGAGAAUGACUACUCAGUACCAUACGAACCACAGAAGAGGCCUCAGAAAGAAGGAGGAAGAGUAAGUAAUGGAGCUGCCCCAGUAAGCAACCGCCCUAGUUACCAUGGUAAACCAAAACCCCCACAGGACCACCCGGAACCCAUAGUCCCACCUGGAGGUGAUGUUAAAACGCAUCACAAUGGCUUAACUUUAGAAAACGGGCGGUUAUCACCAAGAGUACAGGAAACAAUACAUGCAAUUUCUACGAUGCGAUCAGAGGAACGACAACGCCUUCAGUCGACACCUGACACGGAUUCAAGGCCGGGAGGCGAGUACGAUGAGCCAUGGGAAUGGCAGAUGAGGAGAAACCGGGCCAAAGAAGAAGCUACCUCACCCACCGACAUUAGUAUACCAAGGUCUAGGAGUAGAUCCGACGUGGCCAGCCUUAAUCACGGAUUGAGACCGACACCAGAAACAGAUAACAGACCACCAACAGAGUAUGAUGAACCCUGGGAAUGGAAAAGAAUCCGUGGUAUGAACCAAGCAGCACAUGGAGGUAAUAGAGAACAUACUCAAAUGAGUCGUAGCAGUAGCUGUUCAAAUAAACCAUCUUCAAAUUUACGGUUGGAAAUUACAAGACCGAAACCAGACCCAGUAGGGGAAUACGUUGACCCUAAUAAGGCUCUCCAAGAACAGGGGUGGUAUCAUGGUAAACUUUCUAGGAGUGAUGCUGAAAAGAAGCUUAAAUCCUGCCGUGAAGGAAGUUACCUAGUUCGUCAAAGUGAAAGUAGUGCAAAGGAUUUCUCAUUGUCACUAAAGAGUGCAAAAGGCUAUAUGCAUAUGAAGAUAGUGCUACACCAAGAAGGUUACAUACUGGGUGAAUUUAGUAAACCUUUUAAAUCGAUUCCAUGUGUGAUCAGUCAUUAUUCCUUACACAAGCUGAACAUCAAGGGCGCCGAGCAUAUGAUGCUUCUCUACGCUGUGCACGACAACCUGCUCUGAGUCUCCCUCAAACUGGACUGAUGCCGUUGGUUUCCUGGUUGAUGCUAGAAUACCAUUGUGCCCCCUGCAGAGACUAUGGUUGUCACUUUUUGAUGAAAGAGGUACUUACGCCAUGUAAAUGCUAGAAGUAAACCUCUUGUUAAUAUUAGGGAGUUCCUCGCUGAUGGUACCAUUUGUUGAUGCUAAAGUGAUCUGUUGUUGAUUCUAGAGGCACUUUUUGCUGAAUCAGAGGUGCCUCUAGCUAGCUGAAGCUGAUGGCACCCAUGUGGGUACCCUCUGUUGAUACUAGGGGCAAUGCUGUUGAUUCUGGAUGUUACCCUGCUCGGGGCACAUGCUGUUGUUUCUAGAUGUUACCUUUACUGAAGAUGAGAGCAGCCUUUGUUGAUACUGGAGAAGUGUUUGCUAAGUAUAGACCUCCCAUCUUGAUACCAGGAGUAUUUCCCAAUUAAAAGGACUCUUACUGUUAUUAACAGGAUGUUUGUAACCCCUUCAACUGUAAUAAGGAUGAAAUUAGCACUCAACAUAAUUGCAACAUCAUAGAAAUUAUGUAUCCAUUUACACACUUUGCAGUUGUGUGUUCUGAUAAGAAUUAUUAGAAUAUUAAACUUUUUUUAAAGAAUACAAUGUUUUGCUGAUAUUACUGCAAAACCGACCAAUAACCUGUAUUCGCCGUGGAAACUGCAUUGAUUUAUCAGCUCUUAUUUUUUUUAAUUUCUCAAAUUAGUGUUUGUUCUGAAAGAUCAUUACCAUGAUACCAGUAACUAAUACUUAAAUGCUUCUUAUAAAUGUCUUGCUGAUUAAUGCCAAGAUAAUAUUUUAUAUCAUCUUCAUGAAAACUGUUACUAUUUUAUCAAUAUUGACUGUAAGAAGGAAACCAUUUUGAAUGUAACCGUAUAAACUGUCGAUAAUGACGUUUUGUAUUGUGCUUCCUCAAGUAGGUAUUAUAUCACAUGUGACUGGAGUUAAAAUAGAAAGUGUAUAUCCAAAGUAUUGAUGUAAAAAUUGAAUAAGGACAAUACAUAUUCAUUGUCGGGGUUGUACUUCCUAUUUCCUUAUGAUGAACACUGAUGUAUCACAGGAAAUUUGUAUGGCAAGAUUACCAAGUGAGUUUUAGCUUUUAAGAUUUUUAUGGGAAUUUUAAUGGUUUUAAUAACUUGUAAUUAUGGAACUGUUUUAUUGUUAUAAUAAUAAUUCACACUCAGUCAUCCAUUAAGGAGCAAACAAAAGGUAUUUCUCAACUACCCAGAAUUUUCAGAAAAUUCAACAAAAUUAAUAAUUCACCACAGGUUUGAUUUUACUAUAUAUAUUGUAAAGGGUUGGAAAAAUCAUGGAUAAAAUUAAUGGUUGCAUCUGGUCAUAAUUUUAAUGCCCUCUGAACAGUAGAGGGCAGUAUUUCUAUUUUUCAUGUGUUAUCUAAAACAUGGAGAGCAGUAUUUAUUAAUUUUCCAUAAGUUGAUAGUUGAGUAAUGUAUUCAAUAUCUUAUUUUGAAUAAUUAAAAAAAAAAAGAAAGGGAAUUGGACAAAUGUUUGAUUUGACUUAUAUUGUAUAAAACCAACAUUUGAUAUGGAUAAGUCCCAAUUCUAUUAAAAUAAAUUGUGUUGGCCUUUAUUUUAUGUCAGAUUGAAAUGUUAACCUUAAGAAAUGUAAGAAAUUAAAAAUGUAAGUAUUCAAAUUAUUUGUAACAAAAUUAGAGAAAUAAGCUCUUCCAGUAACACUUCUGUACUAUUUAUAAGCUUCUCAGUAUACAUGCUUAACCUGUGUUUUUUCAUGAAUACACAGUUGCCUUUGAAAAAUGCCCCAAUUUCAACAAUUUGGAGCAAGAAAUAGUUCAUCAACACAGCAUUUAUUUCUAUUUAUUGGUUUCUAUACUGGCAACACAGAUCUUCUUGAUUUAUAAGGAAUCAUUUUUUUUUUAUCUUACAUACUUUAUCUUGGCAGUUUCUAUUAUUAAUUGAGUUCAUAUGUUAAUUGUAAAAUUUAUCAUUGUUUGUUAUAUCUACAUUUUUUAACCUGUAAAAUAAUUAAAUUUCUUUUAAUAUGAAUACUUGGAAAAUAAUGAAACAUUUUUUAAAUGGCUAUAUAUUUUUAAAUUAAUUUCUCUUCAUUAGUCAUUGUAUUACUUUCUAGCUUUUGGAUAAGUUGGUGCUCUAUUCAUAUGUAUUAUUUUUCAUUGACUAAACUUAACAUCUUAUUCCCUAUUUUGUGUGCUUUGCUACAUAAUUCUUGAGGUUUUAAUUUGAAGUAAAUGUUUAAUAUUGUUACCUAGAAAGUAAAUAGAGUAAAUAUUUUAUUGAAAGACCAAAAGUGUAAAGCAUUAGAGAUUGUUGUACAGGGUUUUUGCUUUAAUGAGAUGGGAGAAAUAUGAGAAAACAAAUACAAUUAAAUAAUUACUUUCUUUCUAGGCUUUAAAUAUUAUUUAUAUAUUUAAUCAUUAAAGCUUAAUGAAAUCUAAUACUGAAACGAAUAAUAAUACUAAUAGUCAUACUUUAAUAGCAUAUUUAGAUCAAUAUAAUAAAUUAUUCAAAAUUGUAUCAGUUGGAAGCGAUUUUUGAAAAGCCAGUGAAUUUUUAGAAGGUACAGUAAAAUCUGUAUCAAAAUCUAGUUUGAAUUAUAUCCCAGAUUCAUGAUUAUAAGAAAUUAAAUAUUCCUGGAGUCCUUGCUACAUUGCUGCAUAAUAAUAAUUUUUUUUUUUUUUUUGUAAUUGUAAUCCAUAUUGUUAUAUAAAAUUAAGUUUUAAUUUCUGUUAAUAUUCCAUGUAUGUUCAUGUUGUUUAUCUAUUACAUGAAAGUAUUUGUUUUGUUUAUAUUGUGCAAAAUCAUAUUAUAUCUCUAAAGAAACAAAUGCAUAAGCUUAUAGAGUUUUAAAGAUGUUUCUUUGUAAAUUAAUUUAAAAAUAGAUAAGAUUUUAGAAAAUAUACUGUGUUGUUAAGCAUGGGCAAAAAAUUAUAUUCUUUUUCAAACAUUUUUCUUUUUAUUCAUUGGUUUCAAAGAUAUUUUUGCUUUAUUAAAUUCUGUGCAAUUUAUUCGUUGUAGUUGAAAAAUUAAGAUUGUUCUAGAGAAGCAUAUUUGUCUUUAUACAGUUAUACUGUCUAUGUCGAGUUAAUAAACAAGGUUAAUUUGAAUCGCUUACUUUGUAUUACUGCAUUAUCAAAAGUUACUAGCUUUUCAAUUGUAAAGCCUUGUGUAGACUAUCAAAUUUGAUUUGACAAAAAACAUAUGACAUGCCUAAAUAUGGUAAUGAUGACAUCACAUCAUGACCAUAUAUGGUUUGCCAUCCCAAAACCAGCAUACUGUCGCUAAAUGUAAAACUGAAUAAUUAGCAUAAGAAUGUGGCGGUAUUGUAUAGCCGUAAUACUUUUUACUCAACUUCAGAAGUCAAUUCCAAUAUGACCUAUCAUUUUAAAGCUUAUAAUGGGGAGAAUAUAAAUAUAAUGUAUGAAAAGUCUUGGUUUGGUCACAGAUGUUGGUUUUGGCAUGGUAAGCUCUGUAUAUAGUCACAUCAUGACUAUAUAUGGGCAUACAACUCUUUUUUGUCAAAGAAAAAUUAAUGGUGUGAACAGACUUGUGAGAAAAAGAAAGUGUUUUUUUUUCUCACUAAUUUACAGAUGUAUAAAAAUACUGUUUCUAUAUUCUUUGCAUAGUCUCUUAAAUUGGCUGGUAAUCAGUUUAAGGAUUUUUCUAUUAAAAAUGUUGUGAAUCGGCUAAAAGUUAGCAUUGAAAUGAUUUGUUGACAAGGUUUUUUUUUUUGUUAACGACAGACAGUAUCUUGACAAUGCUAUUUUUCGUUUGAACUGUAGAUUCUCUUACCAUAAGGACGGCUGACUUGCAUCAACCUAUACAAAAUGUUACAAAAUAAUGUCUGAUAAUUGUUUUUAUGAAUGAUGUAAGAGUUUGUAAUAAAUUUGAAUUGUCUAUAUCACGGACAUCAAGGUGCAAAUA